AUGGAGGUCAUCCUCAACCUGAUAGCCGCUGACCCCUCUCCACCGCUCUCCCCCACCACCGUGAGUCUUCACCUGUAUACAGCGUGUGCCUGUGUGUGUGUGUGUGUGUGUGUGUGUGUGUUCAUCUAUGUUGGACCUCACAACCAUGUGCACGUAUAUCUCAAAAUGUUGUUGUACAUUGUAUAUAUAUGUGUACACACAUCUGUGUCUGUAUCCAUCCAUAUACAGCAUCAAUGAAUGUUAAUCUGUCUGCAAUGUUUCAAAAUGUCCUUGCGUUACAUGAACCAAUACACACCCAUGUUGAAACAAUAACAGAGCAUUUGAGAGGAUGACUGUGAGUUGCAGUAAGAGACCAGAGGCCUGUGCUGAGAAGCUUUGAGAUGAUUUUAUUUUUUUUACGUCAUGGGGACUGAAAGCCUGUGUUGUGAUGGCUGGGCUAGGGAAAGCCACCGCAUUUCAACAGUCUCCCAGUUUAGUUUAGUUUAGUCUGUGUGUUUUUUCCUGUUGGAAGUGGACACAACAGGCUUUUCUCCCAGACCCCUCUGAAUUCCUCCGCACAACAAAAGUUAGCUGCUGGCGAGCUUGAACUGUGUGUGUGUGUGUUUAGUAAAUUGCUGCUUGCCCAGCGUCACACAGAGUUAUGUAAUUGUCCGUAGCUAUUGAAUGGACCUCAUUGUUGUCCGAUUGGAACCCCUUAAAGACACAAAUAAAGCGGAUUUCCAUUAAAAACUAUCAGAGCUGCUUAAUUUGGCAAGGCUGGGUGGGAACUGAGACCUUCAGGAGAGGAGAGGAGAGGAGAGGAGAGGAGAGGAGAGGAGAGGAGAGGAGAGGAGAGGAGAGGAGAGGAGAGGAGAGGAGAGGAGAGGAGAGGAGAGGAGAGGUUAAAUGGGCAGAAAGAGCAGAAGAGGGUUAAAGAGAGGAGAAGAGAAGAGGGGAGUCAUUAAGACUGGGGGAGAGGAGAUCAGGAAAGGAGAAGCAUUGGGAACUUGUGUUAAUCAGUUUGACUUGCAUUGCCCUAGAGAGGGGAAUUCAAGGGCCUUAGCCAAUACAGUGUCUCCCAGUCUGCCAACCUUAAAGUGAGCUGUGCAGUAAGCUCUCCCUAGUCCUAGUAUAGAAAAGUCCUGCACUGUAAGGUCUGCUGUGUACUUUAUUUACACUCACAUGCUCUGAUGUUCUAUCUAGGCUUCAUCCAGGUGGACACACACACACACAGGGGAAUCACAGAGAUAUCCACAGUAGUUAGUCAGGUGGAGUUCUCUGGGGUGUGGCUAUAUAGUACAGUGGAUGGCACUACAGUAUGUAACUCACUACCAUAUACGUGAAGAGGUGCUACGUCAGUCAACUCCUGAUAAGUGUGAUGCAUGCACUAAACUUGAGCCUGCAGAUAGCCAGAGCCAUUACACAUACUGCACGUGAAUUGGUGAACUGCGGUUCACCUAAAUAGAGUUUGGACUUACCCACUUACUGGUAUGUGCCCUUAUCAGGAGUUGAUUUAUGGCUGACAAGAGUUACUUGGGUGAGGGGUGCAGGGUAUAGAUCCAAUGUAUGACACAUACUGUACAGUCGUGGUCAAAAGUUUUGAGAAUGACACAAAUACUACUUUUCACAAAGUCUGCUACUCCAGAAUGUCAUGGAGAGUGAUCAGAUGAAUUGCAAUUAAUUGCAAAGUCCCUCUUUGCCAUGAAAAUGUACUUAAUCCCCCAAAAACAUUUCCACUGCAUUUCAGCCCUGCCACAAAAGGAGCAGCUGCCAUCAUGUCAGGGAUUCUCUCGUUAACACAGGUGAGAGUGUUGACGAGGACAAGGCUGGAGAUCACUCUGUCAUGCUGAUUGAGUUAGAAUAACAGACUGGAAGCUUUAAAAGCAGGGUGGUGCUUGAAAUCAUUCUUCUUCCUCUGUUAACCAUGGUUACCUGCAAGGAAACACGUGCCGUCAUCAUUGCUUUGCACAAAAAGGGCUUCACAGGCAAGGAUAUUGCUGCUAGUAAGAUUGCACCUAAAUCAACCAUUUAUCGGAUCAUCAAGAACUUCAAGGAGAGAUGUUCAAUUGUUGUGAAGAAGGCGUCAGGGCACCCAAGAAAGUCCAGCAAGCGCCAGGACCAUCUCCUAAAGUUGAUUCAGCUGCGGGAUUGGGGCACCACCAGUGCAGAGCUUGCUCAGGAAUGGCAGCAGGCAGGUGUGAGUGCAUCUGCACGCACAGUGAGGCAAAGACUUUUGGAGGAUGACCUGGUGUCAAGAAGGGCAGCAAAGAAGCCACUUCUCUCCAGGAAAAACAUCAGGGACAGACUGAUAUUCUGCAAAAGGUACAGGGAUUGGACUGCUGAGGACUGGGCUAAAGUCAUUUUCUCUGAUGAAUCACCUUUCCGAUUGUUUGGGGCAUCCGGAAAACACCUUGUCCGGAGAAGACAAGGUGAGCGCUACCAUCAGUCCUGUGUCAUGCCAACAGUAAAGCAUCCUGAGACCACUCAUGUGUGGGGUUGCUUCUCAGCCAAGGGAGUGGGCUCACUCACAUUUUUGCCUAAGAACACAGCCAUGAAUAAAGAAUGGUACCAACACAUCCUCUGAGAGCAACUUCUCCCAACCAUCCAAGAUGGUGACGACCAAUGCAUUUUCCAGCAUGAUGGAGCACCUUACCAUAAGGCAAAAGUGAUAACUAAGUGGCUCGGGGAACAAAACAUCGACAUUUUGGGUCCAUGGCCAGGAAACUCCCCAGACCUUAAUCCCAUUGAGAACUUGUGGUCGAUCCUCAAGAGGCAGGUGGACAAACAUAAACCCACAAAUUCUGACAAACUCCAAGCAUUGAUAAUGCAAGAAUGGGCUGCCAUCAGUCAGGAUGUGGCCCAGAAGUUAAUUGACAGCAUGCCAGGGCGGAUUGCAGAGAUCUUGAAAAAGAAGGGUCAACACUGCAAAUAUUGACUCUUUGCAUAAACUUAAUGUAAUUGUCAAUAAAAGCCUUUGACACUUAUGGAAUGCUUGUAAUUAUACUUCAGUAUACCAUACUAACAUCUGACAAAAAUAUCUCAUAACACUGAAGCAGCGAACUUUGUGAAGACCAAUACUUGUGUAAUUCUCAAAACCUUUGACCACAAAUGUAUAUCGUACCAUAUAUGUAUAAUAUUUUGAACCUAUGAUGCAGUCAGGGAUAAACGUUGCACUGUAAUGUGAAGUGUAUGUGCUCUGUGAAUGUCUACUGUAUACAGACAGAGUUAUGCUCCGUCUAGGCGUAAACAAUAACGUGUGCUCGUCACAGGUGUAUUGGGUUAGGGUAUCUUUUCUCCGUGGCCAAGUAUAUCUCUCUUGGUCUCGCUCUCGCUCUCGCUCUCUUUUCCUUCCUUUCUUUGAGAUCUGAAUGUCACACUUCAGAUUAGCUUUAUAACCUUUGACCCCUAGCUUCUGUGGAUCAGACGGAACACUGUGACCAUGGUAAUGUGUUCCGAGUGGGUGAGGAUCUCUAGGGCAUUGGAGGAGUCUGCUUUCAUAAAGCCCUUAACAGGGUCUGUCCUCCCUUAUAGCUCAGACAUUCUUUAUCAAGAUGGAAGUUAGGUCAUACUCUCAGAUAAAUGAGAAGGGCAUUGGAACAAUGAGGGAUAACCAUGCUCCUCUUUCUGGUGUGUGUGUGUGUGUGUGUGUGUGUGUGUGUGCGUGCGUGCGUGUGUGUUUGUUUGUGUGCAUGCACGUGUGUGUGUGUGUGUGUUCUUGCAUCUGUAGCUGGACGCACGCUCAAAGUCUUGCUUAUUGUGUAUGGGGAUGGAUGGAUUACUCCUGUGCUAGUCUGUGAGUGUCUCUGAGCUCUUCGUUAUCACGGGCAAGCUUGUAUCUCUGCACUGCUUUGUGAGGCACUCAAGUUCACUGUGGUCAGCUGACUCAGCCAUUCCUUGGCCUCCCUCCUUUAUCACUCUCACCGUCAGCGGCCAGACAGCUAUUUUAGUGGGCCGCUUCCGAGGCCACAGUUAAUCCGUGUCAUCAUGUCUUUGAUCUCACUUCUGCAGUUAAAGCUAUGUAGCUUAGUCUUAUCAAUGAUGACGCUUUUUCUUUUCAUUUAAUCCAUUUUAGAAUAAGGCUGUAACAUAACAAAAUGUGGAAAAAGGCAAGCGGUCUGAAGACUUUCUGAAUGUAAUUGGACAUAAUUAUGGAGAUAAGGCACAUUCUCUGAUUCAUUUCCUUGUCAGUCGGCAGCGCAUCUUGUUAAUUGGGACUUUUCACUUUAGCUGUCAUCAUAAUAAUAGGAUUGUUUUCUUAUUGGACCAAUAAAGAGAUUCGCCUGUAAUUUUGUAUACUUUUUAGCCAGUAGUUCUGAAAGUAGCACUCACGAGCCAAAAGUGAUCCCCGAAAAUUGUGCAGAUAUGUGCACCACGUCGUUGCUCUCUCUGUCUCUCUCUUGCCGUGUUCAAAACAACUGGGAACACGAAACUGGGAACUCUGACAUUUCUGACUUCCGACUUCAGUGCGUUCAAAACAACUGGGAACUGAAAAAAAUAAGCUCAGACUGGGAAAAAUAUCUUUGAACAGUCAUCCAACUCGGAAUUCCAACUCGGGAACUCUGGCCUCUUUCUAGAGCGCUGACUUUCCGACCUGAAUAUCACUGAUGUCAUGAUUUGACCUUGUAUUUUUCUGAGUUCCCAGUUGUUUUGAACGCGCUGCUGUGUCCACUGAGCCUUUGUGCCCGCCCUGCAACCUCAUUGGAUAUCACUGGGCAGGCCUUUUGCUAGCUGUCACUCAAAUGCAAGGGGCUGAAGCUCAUUGGCUAGAACUCAAACUGCUAGGGUGCUGGCCUAUGUGGGGGGAAAUGUAGGGGAAAUGUCUCAGCAGAGCUUCAAGAAAACAGUUGCUUUCCAACUAGUGAUUUCGUGGCUAAUUGAGGUAAAACAGUAAUUCUGCUCAUAGAUUACUCAUGUAGGCUAUGAACUACACAUUGAGACAUCCAGUCCAAAGCAGGUUUAAAAAAUACUUUAUUAAUCACCAAAGUACCAGAGCAUGUCUUUAAGUCAUCAUUGUAUGAUUAGGAUUUCACAAUUUUAUAAUUGGUUUAUUAUUUAUAAUUGGUCCCAGUUGGUGCUCGUUUGUGUGUGUGUGUGUGUGUGUGUGUGUGCGUGCGCGUGCGGGCGUGCGCAUUUGUGCAUGUGUGCGGCAUUUCUGAAACUGUCAGACUGGUUGAGCUUGUCGCGCUGCCACCUUUCUUCAGCGGCUGUUUGGCACAUAGAGAGGCAUAUAUUUCAUAUGAUCUCAUUUACACACCCAGCCACCCUGCUUUCUGCACUCUAUUAGUCCGUUUUUCCUCCUCCCUGAAUGAAUGUCUGUUUUAUCUCAAGCACAGUUUUCAGAAUGGAAAGAUUAAACCCAGAUUAAGGAGGGGGUUGAUUAUAAAUAGUUAUAUCUCCAAGGGUUUCGUUUCUAUAAAUUCAUGUCAAGGUCAAAAAGUUGUUUAAAGAAUAGGUCAGAUUUCUAACUUUUGCCCUUUUUUGGAGAACAUUGUGCAAUUGUUGUUUUUGCGCCUUGAGAGUGAGCAAAACAUUUUCCGAAAACUGAUUUUGUGGAUAUGAUUAAUAUUCAUGUGUGACAGUGAAAACGAGAACCUUGAGGUGAAAAUAAAUAGUGAAACUAUAGGGCUAGGCUACUGUGUUCAAAUAAGGAGUACAUUUCCCCCAGAUUUCCCCGAAGUUGUUUGAUAUAAAUAAACAUGAGCAGUACAGAUCGUGGGCAGUUUGAAAUGUAAUUGACAGCACUUCUUGCGCUUGGCUCUAGGAGCGAUUGCAGGAGGAUGAUGUCACCACUUUCGCUCGGUGGGGAGGGGGAAAGGUGGACAGUCAGGUUCCAGGUACACUAAGUUUGUAUACACAAGUUUGGGGAGUUGGCGUGAGCAAUGGCCGAAUCGUCGGAGCGGGAUACAUAAAUUAAGUCGCUGGACAGAUGAAAACUGACUGAGGGAAUAAGAGAACAUGCAUUGGGAACAAGUACUCCGAUUGGAUAAUGGCAAGGUGAGAGAUUGUCUUCGCUGCCUUGCAGUUUCUCUGUCCCUUGUCUUUUUGAACCUAUCAGGUGUCUGUAUUUUGGAGCAUAAUGGUUUCAAUAGACUGGAUUUUAGUUUCGUAUAACUGUCUCAGUUACCGGAUGCUGUGGUUUUGUCUUUUAAUCAUGUAAUUACAGUGUGGUGCCUGUCAUCGGUUAGUCAUAUUGCGCAGACAGGUGAGCAACUGGCCAGUUUUGUAUUUCCCAACUUCGGUGUACAAAUACUUGUUGAUUGAAAGAUAACUAAAUGAAUCGCAGCCACGCUGUGAUUUCACCAGGGGGCACAAUUGACAGUGACAGAAAAAUAUUCUGGAGUCAACCAGCCUUUCUCUCCCCCUGGCUCUUCCCCAUCCCUCUUGCCCCUGUAUUUUCGGUGCACUGUAGCACGUGUCAGUCUCUGAUGAGGAGAAUAGCCCCAGGGCAUGUGUUGACAGUUAGGUUAGACUACUUUUUCUGUCACUAUGCCAUAUGAUUGAUCUAAUAAUGUGAGGAAUGAAAUGCAAGCUGAAUUAGUCACCUACACACUGUCAGUCUAGUUCUUAAUUCGAUUAAGUAGUGAGCAUGGCCCUUGACUUUAUCCCUAUUAGAGUUGUAGUGCUCAGGGGAUUCAUGGUUCCCUGUCUUUUCUAACUCCUCCUAACUAUCUGAUCAUGGAGUGCUAUUGGAAUACCACGUUUCCCAUUUAGAUAGGAUGUUAUUUUUUUUUACACUGGUGUUUGUUGGCAGAAAUCAGGUCAAUGGCUGAAAAAGCAAAGGUUGUCUGUAGGUAGCCCUAAUCUGUGAAACAAUGUCAACACUGUAAUCGCAAAUCCGACAUCCUGUCAAACAUGAUGUCCUACAUUGUACUGUGCACAGUAGUGAUUAGGUUCAACGAUAUUAUCCACCUCCACCCAUGAUUAACAAUUUUCUACUGACAAGAAAUGUUGGAUUUCCUCUAUGGUUCAGCCUACAUGCCAUGCUACACAGUCAGUAGUGUCUCUGGGCAUAUGGAAGGAAAUUGGUUAUUUUUCAGCUGCUUCCUUCUUUCUGUUUUCUUUGUGGAGCCCAUGGUAUAGAAAUAUUGUGAUAAUGAAUUCCCCCUCUCCUCCACCAGAUUGAGCAGUUGGAGGUGAGUGGCUGGGCUCAGACCCCCCAGGCAGUGUCGUGUGGGGAGGAUGGGUCUUUCCCUGGGGGUGACGAUUGCACCCUGGAUCCCCAGCGCACCAAGCAGGCUAUCACCCAGCUGCAGCAGAAGAUCCUCAAGCUCACCGAGCAGAUCAAGAUUGAGCAGACGGCCAGAGACGACAAUGUGGCCGAGUACCUCAAACUGGCCAACAACGCUGACAAGCAGCAGAGUGGCCGCAUCAAACAGGUGAGCAGAGUUUUAUGAUCAGAGUUUUUAUCGUUUUGAUAUGAAACACAAAACAGUUGAAUGACAAUACACCAGACAGAACCACUUUUACUGGAUAACAGCGCUACUAAAUUAUAUAAUAUAUGACUACAAUAUACAGUGCAUUUGAAAAGUAUUCAGACCCCCUUACUUUUUCCACAUUUUGUUACGUUACAGCCUUAUUCUAAAAUGGGUUAAAAUAUAUAUAUAUCAUCAGUCUACACACAAUACCCCAUAAUGACAAAGCAAAAAAAGGUAAAUAUCACAUUUACAUAAGUAUUCAGACCCUUUACUCAGUACUUUGUCAAAGCACCUUAGGCAGCGAUUACAGCCUUGAGUCUUCUUGGGUAUGACGCUACAAGAUUGGCACACCUGUAUUUGGGGAGUUUCUCCCAUUCUUCUCUGCAGAUCCUCUCAAGCUCUGUCAGGUUGGAUGGGGAACGUUGCUGCACAGCUAUUUUAAGGUCUCUCCAGAGAUGUUUGAUCAAGUUCAAGUCUGGGCUCUGGCUGGGCCACUCAAGGACAUUCAGAGACUUGUCCCGAAGCCACUCCUGCGUUGUCUUGGCUGUGUGCUUAGGGUCGUUGUCCUGUUGGAAGGUGAACCUUCGCCCCAGUCUGAGGUCCUGAGCGCUCUGGAGCAGGUUUUCAUCAAUGAUCUCUCUGUACUUUGCUCUCUGUAUGUAUGUGUAUGUACUGUAUAUAUGUAUAUAUACACUGAACAAAAAUAUAAACGCAACAUGCAACAAUUUCAAAGAUUUUAAUGAGUUACAGUUCAUAUAAGGAAAUCAGUCAAUUGAAAUAAAUUCAUUAGGCCCUAAUCUAUGGAUUUCACAUGACUGGGAAUACAGAUAUGCAUCUUUUGGACGCAGUUACCUAGAAAAAAAGUUAGUGGCCUGGAUCAGAAAACCUGUCAGUAUCUGGUGUGACCACCAUUUGCCUCAUGCAGUGCGACACAUCUCCUUCACAUAGAGCUGGUCAGGCUGUUGAUUGUGGCCUGUGGAAUGUUGUCCCACUCCUCUUCAAUGGAUGUGCGAAGUUGCUGGAUAUUGGUGGGAACUGGAACAUGCUGUCGUACACGUCGAUUCAGAGCAUUCCAAACAUGCUCAAUGGGUGACAUGUCUGGUGAACUAGGACAUUUUCAGCUUCCAGGAAUUGUGUACAGAUCCUUGCGACAUAUUGUGUACAUAUCUUUGCGACAUGGGGCCGUGCAUUAUCAUGCUGAAACAUGAGGUGAUGGCGUCGGAUGAAUAGCAUGACAAUGAGCCUCAGGAUCUUGUCACGGUAUCUCUGUGCAUUCAAAUUGCCAUCGAUGAAAUGCAAUUGUGUUCGUUGUCCGUAGCUUUUGCCUGCCCAUACCAUAACCCCACCGCCACCAUGGGGCACUCUGUUCACAAUGUUGACAUCAGCAAACCGCUCACCCACACAACACCAUACACGCUUGAAGCCGGGAUUCAUCCGUGUAGAGCACACUUCCCCAGCAUGCCAGUGGCCAUCGAAGGUGAGCAUUUGCCCACUGAAGUGGGUUACGACACCGAACUGCAAUCAGGUCAAGACCCUGAUGAUGACAGCGAGCACGCAGAUGAGCUUCCCUGAGACGGUUUCUGACAGUUUAUGCAAAAUGUCUUAGGUUGUGCAAACCCACAGUUUCAUCUGAUGUCUGGGUGGCUGGUCUCAGAUGAUCCCGCAGGUGAAGAAGCCAGAUGUGGAUUGCACGUGGUCUGCGGUUUUGAGGCCUGUUGGACGUACUGCCAAAUUCUCUUAAACAACGUUGGAGGCGGCUUGUGGUAGAGAAAUUAACAUCCAAUUCUCUGGCAACAGCUCUGGUGGACAUUCCUGCAGUCAGCAUGCCAAUUGCACUCUCCCUCAAAACUUGAGACAUCUGUGGUGUUGUGUGACAAAAUCUGCAGAUUUUAGAGUGGGCUUUUAUUGUCCCCAGCACAAGGUGCACCUGUGUAGUGGUCAUGCUUUUUAAUCAGCUUCUUGAUAUGCCACACCUGUCAUGUGGAUGGAUUAUCUUGGCAAAAGAGAAUUGUGAGAAAUGCUCACUAACAGGAAUGUUAACAAAUUUGUGCACAUAAUUUGAGAGAAAUAAGCUUUUUGUGUGGAACAUUUCUGGUCUCUUAUUUUAGCUCAUGUUGCGUUUCAUUUUAUUCAGUGUAAAUUACCACAGGCACAGAUCAAUGUGGGUGUGUCAGCCUGUCUCCUUCCUUAUAUUUCACAGAGCAAAUGUUCUGAUACAUGUACUAUAAAAUGCGUAUGUGCUAUAAAUAUUAACCCACAAGUAUACAAAACAUUAAGAACAUGCUCUUUCCAUAACAUAGACUGACCAGUUGAAUCCAGGUGAAAGCUAUGAUCUCUUAUUGUUGUCACUUGAAAUCAGUGUAGAUCGGGGAUGGGCAACUUUAAUGGGGGUGGGACCCACAAAAAAACUGAACUCAUCAUGAGGGGCCGCAGUGGCUCGUGGGUCUGCGUACCCAUAUCCUUGGACAAGACAAAAAUGUAAGUGCCUUUGAACUGGGUAUGGUAGUAGGUGCCAGGCGCACCGGUUUGUGUCAAGAACUGCAAUGCUGCGGGCAACUUAAUAUCAGGAAGGUGUUCCUAUAGUUUGGUAUACUCAUUGUAAAUGUAAUAUAAAACACAGCAAUCUAAAUGUCCUAUAUAACUGCAGGUGUUUGAGAAGAAGAACCAGAAGUCAGCCCAGACCAUCCAGCAGCUACAGAGGAAGCUGGAGCACUACCACCGCAAGCUGAGGGAGGUGGAGCACAACGGCAUCCCUCGUCAGUCUAAGGAUGUCCUCAGGGACAUGCAGCAGGGCCUGAAGGACGUGGGGGCAAAGGUCACAGGCUUCAGCGAAGGCGUGGUUGACAGUGUCAAGGGAGGCCUCACCAGCUUCUCCCAGGCUACACACUCUGCUGCCGCCGGGGUCGUCUCCAAGCCCCGAGAGAUCGCCUCGCUGUUCCGCAACAAGUUUGGCAGCGCCGACAACAUCCCCGGGCUGAAGGACUCCUUGGAUGACCCUUCAGGAGGCGAGGAGGGGUUGAUGGGGGCCGGGGGGACGUCUCUGGGCAGCGCAGCACACCACCACCUGCAGUCCAGCCCCAAGUACGGCAGCGAGGAUGACUGCUCCAGCGCUACGUCAGGGUCGGCAGGGGCCAACAGCACCACGGGGGCCCCCGGAGGCCCCCCCAGCUCCAAGGGGAACACCCUGGAGAGGAGCCAGAGCUCCAGCCUGGACAUGCUGCUACAGGAAGUGCAGGAGCUGAGGGAGGGCCAGGGGAGACUAGAGGAGAGUCUGGAGGGGCUGAAGAGCCACUAUCAGAGGGACUACACUGUCAUCAUGCAGGCCCUGCAGGAGGAACGGUUCAGGUACGGAAACAAGAAUCACUGUAGUCAUCAUGCUGGCCUUGCAGGACUAACAAUUCAGGUACACACAACAGACGUUCUUAGCGAGAGAGAGAGAGAGAGAGACCUGCAUGAAAAACUCCAUCCAAAGAUGGAUAAGGUUAACAUUUGAGAGGUUAUCUCUAAGUGUUAUGGAUGCAUGUAUGUUUAUUGUAAAGCUAGUGACAGUAACCUUAAAGAUACACACAAAUUACAGAAACGCCAUUAUGCACUACAGGAACAGAGGUCGCCAUUUAAGUAUAUUUAUUUUGCACUGUCUCAAAGGGUUUGUCAAAACGCUGACUUAAAGCGGAAACCCUGAAACUCCCUUAAAGCCUGCCAAGUGUAUGUAGGUGGCCAGAGGAAAUCCCUGCUCUAAAGGAAACAGGAAGAAGCGCUUGGAGUCCUGAGCACAGGGAUCUGUCCUGCCCUAUCAAAGAGCUAUCUUAGGGCAUGUGUUGGUACUCAUGCCAUGUGUUGGUCAAGGGACAGCACCUUUAAACUUAGCAUAUACCGUAGAAAUGGAGGGAACCAUGACUGUACCCUGGUGAAAGGCAAAAAUGUAUUGUAUCUAUUCAGUUCAUUUUACUAGGUUUCAAAGAGACUGUGUUAGUCAUGUAUUACUAGAUAUUUAGCCUUUCUCAAAAUAACUGAAUCUAUUACUCUAUGUGAUUAAAUGGGUAUUAAGAUGUUAAGGGCCAUUGACACUAUGAUUAAUAUGCACUUAACCCUCACAAGGCAAUCAGAUGGAGAAGGUUUAGAUGGAGGAUGAAGAAGGACAAUAAACUUCUUGAUGCUAGAAAGUUUUGCAUUUGAAGCUUAAACUCAGUGAAUGAGGAAAAGGACAGGCAAAUUAACAGACAGACAAAAGAGAGAGAGAGAAAUAUAUAUAUAUAUAUAUAUAUUCUUCUAAAAUGUGUUUACCAGAGUCUGUGUGUUUCAGACAAAAAAUAAGGAGCAUCAAAACUGAAGGACCCUAAUGAGGUUUGAGCAUAUCUGCUGAUGACUAUGUUCUGGCAAUUAAACACACAGCUAUGGUUAAACCACUGUGUUUGAACCUUUGCUAAGAGUCUGAAGCAUAACUAAUGAUGAAAUGGAUGAAUGAAUGAAUGAAUGAGAAUACAGCCUGGACUGAAGACUUUGUCUUGAUCUUUUCAUGACUUCCAAUGAACUAAGUCCACUGGUUAUUUCACACAGUUCCUGUGUUGAGACUGCUACCUGUAUAAUAACUCCUAGAGGAAACUUUAUCGCAGGGAUCAUCAACUAGAUUCAGCCGCAGACCGAUUUAUUUUCUUGAGCGGAUGGUCGGGGGGCCGGAACAUAAUUACAAAUAAUUUGUGGAUUGCAAAUUGACCGCAAGAAGCCCGAACAGAUAUAAUAUUUGACUGAAACAUAAUCAUUUCAAACCUUGCUUACAUUUGUAUACGAUCACGUAUCUCUAUUAUGCGUGGUAAUACUUUGGAACAGAUUUCUUGAAUUCAAAUCACUUGGAGCUGAUUUCCUGGUGUUUUUGUGUUUUCUUUAUGUCCAACAAAUAAAACGACCCGCGGGCCACCUGUUGGGUAACCCUGCUUAAAAGGUUCUGUGCAGUCAGCAGUAUUAGGAUGGUACAGCAUGUUCAACGGUUGCUCCUCCUCCCCCUCUCUCUGACUCACCUGUUGUGCUUGUAUCUUUUUAUUGUUGCAUUAAACCACCAGAGCAUGUGGGUAUCUGUUGUGUGUGUGCGUGCCGGUGUGGUACCAGAGGCAAGAGUUGUAGAUCUUAUUGAAAUGUGACUCUUAAACAGGUUAGGUGAGACAUAAUGAGAUCAGACUGCUGGUGUGAUUCACCUAAUCACACACACACAUGCAUGCAUAGACAAGCACAUUGUGCAUUUAUUCACGUAUUUCCUGAGACACAUUUUGUACAUAUUCAAAAAUACUCACGGACAUAUACAGCUCUCUUUUUUACCUGUUCAGUUUCUUUCCACUACUAAUGACACCCAUACCAUCUUUCUGGUCUCCUCCCUCCUGCUGAGAGUAUGUGAUUGGUCAGUGUCAUCCUGCUGAUUAUCUGCCAUUGGUCAGUCUUAUCGGCAGACGAGUAAGCAUGUGCUAAUCAGCUCACAGAUAGCCAUCAGUCCAGUCAGUUGUCAUUUAUUUAUUUAUUUUAUUUUCUUAGUCAUUUAGCAGACGCUCUUAUCCAGAGCGACUUACAGGAGCAAUUUGGAUUAAGUGCCUUGCUCAAGGGCACAUCGACAGAUGUUUCACCUAGUUGGCUCGGGGAUUAGAACGCUCUUAACCACAACGCUCUUAACCACUAAGCUACCUGCCGCCCUCAUUUGACCUGAAAGCUCUUUAGGUUAUUUUUCCAGGAAAACCUGGGACCUGUGUUUCUCUAAAGGGGCACACACGAGUGCGUGUGAUUGUCUGUGUGUGUGUGUGACUGUCCGCCUAUCUGUCUCUGUGUCUGUAUUUCUGUCUGUGUCUAUGUCUGUGUGAGCAAUUAGACUAACAUUGGUGUCUAUAUUUGGGUAUGUCUAGGUGUGAGCGUCUGGAGGAGCAGCUGAAUGAUCUGACAGAGCUCCAUCAGAAUGAGAUCCUAAACCUGAAGCAGGAGCUGGCCAGCAUGGAGGAGAAGAUAGCCUACCAGUCCUACGAGAGAGCCAGCGACACACAGGUCAGUCACACGCACAACCACACACACACACUGUACACAUACAAACUAAAUAGCCAGACAAUUGUAUGAUUGUGAUUCAUUUCACAAACACAAUUUCAUCUGAAGUAAAAAAUAAAUUUAAAAAAAGACAAUAAUCUGUCUUCUGUGUGUGAGAGGACCAGUUUAUUUUACAGUUCACCAUUUACCUGGUAUUUCAAUCAAUUUUAUUUUAUAUAGCCCUUCUUACAUCAGCUAAUAUCUCGAAGUGCUGUACAGAAACCCAGCCUAAAACCCCAAACAGCUAGUAAUGCAGGUGUAGAAGCACGGUGGCUAGGAAAAACUCCCUAGAAAGGCGAAAACCUAGGAAGAAACCUAGAGAGGAACCAGGCUAUGAGGGGUGGCCAGUCCUCUUCUGGCUGUGCCGGGUGGAGAUUAUAACAGAACCAUGCCAAGAUGUUCAAAAAUGUUCAUAAGUGACAAGCAUGGUCAAAUAAUAAUCAGGAAUAAAUCUCAGUUGGCUUUUCAUAGCCGAUCAUUAAGAGUUUGAAAACAGCAGGUCUGGGACAGGUAGGGGUUCCAUAACCGCAGGCAGAACAGUUUAAACUGGAAUAGCAGCAAGGCCAGGCGGACUGGGGACAGCAAGGAGUCACCACGGCCGGUAGUCCCGACGUAUGGUCCUAGGGCUCAGGUCUCUCAGUUGGCUUUUCAUAGCCGAUCAUUAAGAGUUGAAAACAGCAGGUCUGGGACAGGUAGGGGUUUCGUAGCCGCAGGCAGAACAGUUGAAACUGGAAUAGCAGCAAGGCCAGGCGGACUGGGGACAGCAAGGUGUCAUCAUGCCCGGUAGUCCUGACGUAUGGUCCUAGGGCUCAGGUUCUCAGAGAGAAAGAGAGAACGAGAGAAUUAGAGAGAGCAUACUUAAAUUCACACAGGACACUGGAUAAGACAGGAGAAGUACUCCAGGUAUAACCAACUAACCCCAGCCCCCCGACACAUAAACUACUGCAGCAUAAAUACUGGAGGCUGAGACAGGAGCGGUCCGGAGACACUGUGGCCCCAUCCGAAGAAACCCCCGGACAGGGCCAAACAGGAAGGAUAUAACCCCACCCACUCCGCCAAAGCACAGCCCCCGCAUCACUAGAGGGAUAUCCCCAACCACCAACUUACAAUCCUGAGACAAGGCCGAGUAUAGCCCACAGAGGUCUCCACCACAGCACAAACCAAGGGGGGGGCGCCAACCCAGACAGGAAGAUCACGUCAGUAACUCAACCCACUCAAGUGACGCACCCCUCCCAGGGACGGCAUGAAAGAGCACCAGCAAGCCAGUGACUCAGCCCCUGCAACAGGGUUAGAGGCAGAGAACCCCAGUGGAGAGGGGAACCGGCCUGGCAGAGACAGCAAGGGCUGUUCGUUGCUCCAGCCUUUCCGUUCACCUUCACACUCCUGGGCCAGACUACACUCAAUCAUAUGACCUACUGAAGAGAUAAGUCUUCAGUAAAGACUUAAAGGUUGAGACUGAGUCUGCGUCUCUCACAUGGGUAGGCAGACUGUUCCAUAAAAAUGGAGAUCUAUAGGAGAAAGCCCUGCCUCCCGCUGUUUGCUUAGAAAUUCUAGGGACAAUUAGGAGGCCUGCGUCUUGUGACCGUAGCGUACGUAUUGGUAUGUACGGCAGGACCAACUCGGAAAGAUAGGUAGGAGCAAGCCCAUGUAACGCUUUAUAGGUUAACAGUAAAACCUUGAAAUCAGCCCUUGCCUUAACAGGAAGCCAGUGUAGGGAAGCUAGCACUGGAGUAAUAUGAUCAAAUUUCUUGGUUCUAGUCAGGAUUCUAGCAGCCGUAUUUAGCACUAACUGAAGUUUAUUUAGUGCUUUAUCCGGGUAGCCGGAAAAUAGAGCAUUGCAGUAGUCUAACCUAGAAGUAACAAAUGCAUGGAUUAAUUUUUCUGCAUCAUUUUUGGACAGAAAAUUUCUGAUUUUUGCAAUGUUACGUAGAUGGAAAAAAGCUGUCCUUGAAACAGUCUUGAUAUGUUCGUCAAAAGAGAGAUCAGGGUCAAGAGUAACGCCUAGGUCCUUCACAGUUUUAUUUGAGACGACUUUACAACCAUCAAGAUGAAUUGUCAGAUUUAACAGAAGAUCUCUUUGUUUCUUGGGACCUAGAACAAGCAUCUCUGUUUUGUCCGAGUUUAAAAGUAAAAAGUUUUUUGCCAUCCACUUUCUUAUGUCUGAAACACAGGCUUCUAGCGAGGGCAAUUUUGGGGCUUCACCAUGCUUCAUUGAAAUGUACAGCUGUGUGUCAUCCGCAUAGCAGUGAAAGUUAACAUUAUGUUUUCGAAUAACAUCCCCAAGAGGUAAAAUAUAUAGUGAAAACAAUAGUGGUCCUAAAACGGAACCUUGAGGAACACCGAAAUGUACAGUUGAUUUGUCGGAGGACAGACCAUUCACAGAGACAGACUGAUAUCUUUCCGACAGGUAGGAUCUAAACCAGGCCAGAACUUGUCCGUGUAGACCAAUUUGGGUUUCCAGUCUCUCCAAAAGAAUGUGGUGAUCGAUGGUGUCAAAGGCAGCACUAAGGUCUAGUAGCACGAGGACAGAUGCAGAGCCUCGGUCUGAUGCCAUUAAAAGGUCAUUUACCACCUUCACAAGUGCAGUCUCAGUGCUAUGAUGGGGUCUAAAACCAGACUGAAGCAUUUCGUAUACAUUGUUUGUCUUCAGAAAGGCAGUGAGUUGCUGCGCAACAGCUUUUUCUAAAAUUUUUGAGAGGAAUGGAAGAUUCGAUAUAGGCCGAUAGUUUUUUAUAUUUUCCGGGUCAAGGUUUGGCUUUUUCAAGAGAGGCUUUAUCACUGCCACUUUUAGUGAGUUUGGUACACAUCCGGUGGAUAGAGAGCUGUUUAUUAUGUUCAACAUAGGAGGGCCAAGCACAGGAAGCAGCUCCUUCAGCAGUUUAGUAGGAAUAGGAUCCAGUAUGCAGCUUGAAGGUUUAGAGGCCAUGAUUAUUUUCAUCAUUGUGUCAAGAGAUAUAGUACUAAAACACUUAAGUGUCUCUCCCGAUCCCAGGCCCUCGCAGAGCUGUGCAGAUCCAGGACAGCUAAGCCCUAUUUAAAUUGGAUGAUAAUAACACAUGAUAAUGGCUUAAUAUUUAUAUUAUGUUUCAUUGGAAUCCAUAAGAACCAGCCUCAUAAUGUACCAGAUAGUUAGAUAUUGUGUUGAGUUCGUUCAGAUUAGUGCCAGAAAAGUAACCAUUGUUUCAAUGUAAUUUCUUAUUAAAUACCAGGGCAUUACCAGCUAAAACAGGACUGUAAAAUAACUGAAAACCAUGUCUGUGUACCAUAACCUCAGUGGGUUGUUUAUCUGUAAAUAGAGCAUUUCCGUGUCUGUUACACACAUCUCCUUUUGUCCUGCAUGAGGGUGUGGGUGCAUAACGUUGCCUUGUCUUUUAAACUACACGUCCCUCUCUUGGAUGUAGGUGGUGCUAGAGUUUUAAUUGUAAUGAUCUUUGUUAUUUGUCAGACGCUACUGUCUUUACUUUACUGCGUGUAGUAGUACUGUGUACUACUAGGUGUAACCCUUUUCUCUUGACCUAUCCUAUAGGAAGCCCUGGAGGCGUGCCAGACACGUAUCUCUAAGAUGGAGCUGCAGCAGCAGCAGCAGCAGGUGGUCCAGCUAGAAGGCCUGGAGAACGCCACGGCCCGGACCCUGCUGGGGAAACUCAUCAACGUCCUCCUGGCCCUCAUGGCCGUGCUCCUGGUGUUCGUCUCCACCGUGGCCAACUGUGUGGUCCCCCUGAUGAAGACCCGCUCCCGCUCCUUCUCCACCCUCCUCCUCAUCCUCCUCUUCGCCUUCCUCUGGAGGAACUGGGACGCGCUGUCGGGCUGCACGCACCGCGCCCUGCAGCCACCCAGAUGA